CAGUUGCAGUGUGGUGAUCAACUGGUGCCUGUUAAUUUCACACGCACAAAUCAAAUCAAUCUCCCAUGUGCUCAGGCAGCCCCUACCUAGACAAUGGUUUCCUGCAUAUUAAUUAAGUUCACACAAGCAGUGAUUCUGAUUACAUAUGCACAGUUCUCAUGUGCACAGCCAGCCCCAGCACAGGCAAUCUGCUUCUGCAUGUUGGGAGUUCACUACCCCCCUUGAUUCCCCCUCUUCUCCGGGCUAUAUGUGGCAUUUAGAAGCUCUGACAAUCUGCUCCAAAUGUUUUCCAUAUUUGUUCAGCCUCCUUGAUUCAAAUACCAGGAACAACUCAGCCAGCACAAAGCGAAGCUUCGGGGGCGCACACACACAAAAAAACAACCCCUCAACACGCCCAUCAGCCAGAAAAAAAAAAGUUCAUCAACAUGAGAAAAGAGGAGAAGAAACCUCAGAACAACGCGUCCCUUAAUAACCAGAACCAGGCAGGGAAGGCACCUGAAGGGGAGAAAAGCACCGAUCCAGCCAAGCAGCAGGAGCCAGCAAUGAAGAAGAAAGCCAAGGGGGAUCCCAAAACGGGCCAGGAGGAGGAAUCCCACACUUGUUGUUGCUGCCGUUUCCCGCUGCUCGUUGCUUUGUUGCAGCUGGUGUUAGGCAUCUCUAUAACAGUGCUGGGCUUCAUUAUGGCAGGCAUCAGCUCUUCUUUACUAGUCAGAGACACUCCAUAUUGGGCUGGGAUAAUUGUCUGUGUGGUUGCCUUAGUGGGAAUGGUGAUGCUUUGUGUUUCAUAUCAGCCUGAGGAGAAGACAUGUUCCCAGUUUGCCAUAAAGCUGAUGUACUUUCUACUGAGCGCCCUGAGUCUGAUUACCUGUGUUCUGGCAGUGGCUUUUGUUGCACAUCAUUAUUCACAGAUUACACAGUUUACCUGUGAUGCCGUCCUCAACUCUUGCCAGUGCAAACUGGACACUUCAGAUCCCCUCAGUAGGACCUUCGUUUACCAUGAUGUAUCUGACUGUACCAGUGUCACUGGCACUUUCAGUCUGUAUCUGCUACUGCAGAUGGUUCUUAAUCUGAUCACAGCCAUUGUGUGUUUGUUGGCAUGCUUUGUGAUGUGGAAACACAGAUAUCAGGUCUUUUAUGUGGGCGUUCGGUUACACUCAUUAACUGGUACUGAAAUCCAGCAGCAGAAAGUAUAGGGGGUGGUUCUGGUUUGUUUUGUAGAGAGUGAAUAACAAAUGUCAGGCUAUUACCACCGUAGAAACCGCAAAUAGAUGAGUGUUUAAAGAUUUUUGACAAAGACGACCAUUCACACAUUUUUAAUGAAUAUAUUUAUAUUUUUCAGUCAUCUGAAGAGCAAUUUUUAUGGCUGCUAUUGCCAAGGGCCCUUGUGGGAAGAGCUAGAUGUAUCUCAAAAAUUCUAAAGAUGUGGCUGUACAAAUAUUCUCCAAAGAGCAUCUUUAAUAGGCAUAGACAAAGGCAGUUUUGAUAAUUAUUGGCAUUCCUCUGCUGAGCUAUAUAUGGUAACAAACAAUGGGCCAGAUUCUUGGUUGGUGUCAGUCUGUCUGUUCCACUGACUUCAGUGGGGCUAUGCUGAUUUACACCAGCUGAGGAUUUGGUCCAGACUGUUUAAGUGAAAUUAUUGCAGUCACGCUUAGGGAGUUGUGCUCUUGGAUAUCCCACAUUAUCAUUACUGGGAUGUACUGUAUAUGUGUGAGCAAUGAGGGAAGGUUGAGACCCUUCCAAAUGAAACUAAGACCAGCAACAAAUAAGAAUCUAUUGCUGGUAACAGUAUAAACUCUAGUCAAGGUUUUCAAAAGGCCUAAUGAGAUCCCUUACAGAGGCCAGAUUUUCCAGGAGUGGUGCUUAGGACUUUCUGAAAAUCAGACCAAUGUAAUGUCUCUCAAGUUGGACACCUAAAACUGAAGCUCCCAAAUAGCUAGUGGCUUUUGGAAAGCCUGUAUCAACAUGAUUGUAAUAGCACUGCAUAUAAAAAGGAUUUUUACCCAAUUACUCCAGUUUUACUUUCCUCUAAGUGCAACAGGCCAAAUGCCUUCUUGGUGUACUUCCUGUGAAGACAACAGAGUUGCACCAGGGAUGGAUUUGGCCCAACAACCCUGAAAGAUAUAUCACUGCGUAAAUAAAAAGGGGACCCCCGAGGAGGUAUUGCCAGUGUCCUAAGAACAGAAUCUGAGUACAAGAGCAUAAUGAUUUCCUAAUGAGUGGUGGUGAAGAUAAUCAUUCAUUGCAAACUGCAUUUAAAUAGCGGUUUGUUCCCCAAAGGUUAGGAUCCAAAAGUGCUUUACAGUUUAUGGGCCUGAUUCGCUACAGAUUUGCUCCUUGUAUAGUCCUUUGCGCCUUUGUAAAGUGGAUAUAAAACUUGUGUGAGUGAACAAAGACUUCUGAUUUGGUCGUACUUUGCACACAUUCAUUUGCACAGAUGCACAAAGGGCCAGGGCCAAGGCAGUGGAGAAUCUUGCCCUGUAUAUCUAGAGAUCCCUCAUCCGAUUGUUAGGACACUGGCAAUUUUAUUUAUGCAGUGAACCCCAAAAGUGUAAUUUUUGAGACCAGCCUCAACCGGGCUUCCCUUUUUGUGCCCACAAACCUGCAGAAACAAGUACUUGUGGGUACUGUACAAUUUUGUAUCAGCAUUAACUGUGCAGGUAAAUUGGUGCAAUCUAAGCAGCAAAUCUGACUCCAAAUGGUCUUCAAAUAAAACUGAGGUAAUGACAACCUUGGGAAGAAGCCAGGUACAGUGGAAUUCAAUUAAAAAGGAUUGAUUUGGGGUCCACCACCACAUUGGGGACUGAUCCAUCUCUCCUUGAUGUCAGUGGAAAGUAUCUUAUUGAUGUCAGUGGAAGGUGCUUGAUCCUUAUAUCUGAAUAGCCAUUGCAUGUGGAUCCAUGGAAUAUUUAGCUUUCCAAAGGAGACGUUUAUGUGGAAGUAACCUUUCCAUCUUUCAAGCACAGUCCAGAGACAGAAAAGAGUGUAGGGUUCACCCCUCAAAAUGGGGGACCCCUGGAGAUCCAGAGGAUGCAGCCCCACAGCAGUCUUGACAGCUCGCUCUCAGGGCUGCUCUGUUCCAGCUGUGGGAUAACAUUUUUCAAAGUGUCUAAGAAGUGCCAUUUUCAAAAGGGGCUUAGGCACUCAAUAAUCUCAGUCUUGUUCAUUUGGGCACUUUUGAAAAUGUUACCUACAAUUUCUGGUGGGAAAUACAAGCAUUUGACUCCCUUUGUUCGAAGAAUGCCUUUAUCCAGGCUGGUGUCUUACCCAACGUCCAGGGGAUUUUAUUGGCCAGGGAAGAAGUAGUGGGGGUGAGAAUAACUGAAUUAUUUUAGUUUUGUGAAAAGGGUUUUGUUAAACUGUUUCAAAGGGGAUAGCUCAAAGAGUGAGGGCUGCCACCACUAAAGCCGGCGCCCUUUGGUAUCUCUCGCACUAUCAGUGGCAAGGCCAAGGACUGAAUAGACGUGGAGACUGACCAACCUUCUCACUCCACACAGGAGGCUGAGUGGCAGGGCAGGAUGGGAAGUUUGAUCUGCUGCUGCCUGUACCAUAUUUCCACUAUAGCUAAAUGUUCACUCUCCAGACCUGUCAGUUUUAAUCCUUUGACCUUCAUCUCAGUCCUGGGUUUUACAUUUUUGUUCACUGCAAUCUGUUAGGUCCUGUGCCUCCUCCCGCAUGUGAAGGUGGGGGAGGGGGGAAGCUGCUGCAUAGAGGGCUCCAGCCACAAUCCAAUGAUUUAAAUAGGUUGGCACCCUUCGGCACCACUGAAUCCAUCAUAGUGGUGGGAUAACAUACAUUUGCGGUGAAAGAUCUGAGGGUGGCUACAGAAAAUACAGUGAACAUAUUGGGGAAAAAUGCCUGUGCCCUAGAACUCUGUGUAUUCUAAUAGCAACCCACCUGUAUUUUUAAACUGCAUAGUAGAAUUCAGUAUAUUAAACAGUGCGUUGCAGCUUGCCUCUGAAAGGGGAAAAACCCCAAUAUUGAUCAUGUAUAUUAAAAUAUUUCCUGCUUAAUAGGUAUUUUGAACUAGCAAACGAUAAACUUCUAUGUCUCUCUCUAUCAGGGUCGUACAUCCAGAACAUAGAGGUCAUACCAGGAAACAGCCACAGGAGCUAUUUUGAACCAGAGGUCUCCUGGCCAUGGUUUUACAAUAUGCAUUUUGUUCCAAACAUGAAAUCCUGAGAACUUUGAUAGAGCAAAACUAAAAAGUUCUUGAUCUAGAGUCUUCAGAAAGUGCCAGAUCCUGCUCCAGCGAAAGUGAAUAGAAAGCAAAAAUUUACCUUGACUUCAAUGGGAGGAGGAUUGGGACCUAAAGCUCUUGCAAGCUAUUAAAGAGGUGUGAAGGGGGAAAAAAAAUCAGUCCUGGAAAUGAAUCCUCUGGAAAAGCCCACUAAAACUGGCUAGUGAUUAAACCAAUCUGGUUGCAUAGGGAUUGAGAAAGGUUUAUAUAGUCUACACUCAAAACAGACCUGAUUCUCAUUUACACUAUUGCCACUUUCCAUUGUUCUGGCAGCAUAAAUGGGCCUUAAAGAGAGCAUAAAUUACACUUGUGCUCACUUUAUGGCCCCUUUAUAUUGCUAACAGGCCCUUACUGUAAAUGAAAAUUUCAUGGAGAAAGAGAUCUUUCUAUAGACUGUUUCAGACCAUUUUAUAGAACUACAGCAGUGGGGUAUAAUUCUCCAUUGCAUUCUAUUGCCAAGCUUAAGAUCUUCAUUCUCUAUUAAAUUCGGUUGGACUUUUCCAGAAGGCUGGGGCCUGGUUAUUUAAUCCCUUAGUCAUGCAAGCAGUCCUCGGAACAUAUGUAAGCAGGGAUGUUGCAUGCAUAACACACAAAGCAUCAGCUUUGCUCUGGGUUUGAGGUAUUUUGAUGUUGUGUUAUGCAAAUACUGAAGUUAUAAUAAGAACAACAAAAAAGGAACUGAGAUACACAGCAUACUACUUAGCAAAAUGUCGCAUUCUAAAACUGACCAUGAACCAAGGCAGUGGCUGUUUCUUAUAAGCCAUAAAUCUCUGAGAUUUGCACAAUCCUCCUCCUCCUCCUCCUCCACUAGUACUAAAAUGAAACUAGACUUUGGAGGAAGGGGAACUGCUGCGAUUUGGCUUUACAUGACAGAUGAGGAACACAGCAGCUGAAAUGUAUAGACAUUGUAAGCAAGCUCACUCUUUGACUGUGCCUUCACGUGAUCACCAUCUGAGCCUUGCCAGCUCCAUCUAGCUCUGUGUGGGCAGCUACUUGGAGCUUUGCCUAAAACAGAGAGCUACAGAAGAGCUCUGGAAACGUAGUUAAGUACUAGGACUAACUUUUUCACCUACUGUGUCUGCUAAAUUGUAUAAUGUUUCCGUGGGGCUUCUAAAAUCAGAAACCAUUAUGUUUGUGUGUUAGAAGCCGUUAUGCAUACAUUCUAUAUUUAAGUCUGGGAUGUCAGGUCCCCUUGAAAUUUUCAUACACUCCCUCCACACACCCACAUGUGCUUAUGUCUGGAAAAUGUUUUUAGAUAUUAGUAAAGUGUGUGGGUAGGGGGGUAUUCAAGGGAGGCACUGAGGAACAACAGUAAAGCACUAUUUAAGCAUGAAGUUUAAAACCCUCCUUAAGGAGAUGGAACACUAUUACCAGUAUGUACAUUGUGGCUUUCUAUAAUACUUAUACUAUAUAUAGAGAGAGAAAUAUUAUGUGUGGACCAGAUCAUCAGUUAGGGUAAAUCACCAUAACUCUGGUGAACUCCAGAAUCUGGCCUUGCAUCUUCCUCUAUCAUAAAUCAUGAGAGAACUCCACAUUUUUACUCUGCUAAUCAAAGAUCUCUGACCGGUUAUAACAGGUUGGAACUGUAUAUUUAGCUAACUUUUGCUGAGAUUUUUACAAAGCUGUAUUUGUUACUAAUACAUGCUUACCUUAAUUAUAGCACCUGUGGCAAGCUAUCUGGAAUUAUUAAUUGUGAAGCUUUCUUGUGUCAAGUCUAUAGUUAUUACCAUAGCAAUUUUUAUUUUUUCCCUACAAUUCCCAGUGAUCACUAAUGUUUAUCCAUGUGUACAAUUCAAAUCUGUAGUCUGAAAGCUGGGUCUAUACAAAUAUAAACAAAAACAAAGGUUUGUAUUGAUGGGGGUGUGUAUGUGUAAUGUUAUGCCUUUGUCUGAAGAAACAGUUAAAAGAUUCAUUUAAAUGUAUUUCGGGUUGGGGUUUUUUUUUAAAGGGGAUAUGUAUAAUGCAUAUUUCAUUUGUUAACAUAAUGCUUCUAUAUUCCAUGAAGCUGUCUACAUUUGAGCACAGCUAUUAAAGUGUGCUUAAAGUGACUGACUGCAGAGAGAGAGAGUAUGAGCUGAGAUACAUCAAAACUCACAAAUUAGUGUCUACUUCAAAAACUGGAUUCUCAGCUGAAAGGAGUUAAUGCUCAUUUGCUCUCCGAUAUUCCUGCCACUGUCUCCAGGUUAGCACGUUGCAUAAAUGUUGAAAGGUUGGGUUUGCUAAUGUGCAGACAAAUGGGAACAGAGAGUGAGCUGGGGGAAUAAUCUGCAGAAGGUGACUUGAAUACACACACAUCCUUCAGUCAGAUAUAUUAUGAAUGACAAGCACUGUGCUGGCCUCAAGUUACUGGAUGUAUGGAGAAUGACACAGAUUAAGCCAGAGCUCAGCAGCAUUGAGGGCCCUGGUUAUAUUAGAAAUGGAAUAUUUUAGCAAGCCAGUUUUCAACUGAGCUUCACUCAGUUGGGCAAAGAGAAUCUUCUCUGAAAUGUUCCAAAGUUAAUAGAAUAGGGAUAUAACACAGGAUUUCUCUUUUGCCAGAACUGUACCUAAAAGAAAUCUAUACUGGAUAUUUUCCCCAUAGCCAGCUGCUCCUGGUGGAUACAGCUAGAAUGGGAUCAGUAGUGAGCUCUCCCUUAAAGAAGCCUGUCAGUUUGGGAUCCAGUUUUGCCAAGCAUACAUACACAUGGCUCCCAUAGAUUUCACUGGGAGCUUUGAGGGGAAGAGAGACUUGACGUCUCCAUCUCUUCCUUCCUGGUCGUGGAAGUGAUGAUGCCCUGCAGUGUGCUGCAAAUCCUCAUUGAAAAAUAGCCAUGAUUCUGACACUGGGCCAAAGUCAGUCCAUAAAGAUGUGUAUGCAACUCGUGUGGACUCAAAUUGGAGUUACACAUAUGUAUAGAAAGGCUCUCCAGGUGUUUGUGGCACGUUAUGUUAAAAUCAACAGAAGGCAAUAUUAAAAGGACAGUGCCAAGUACUUUUUGCCUCAGAUUUAGACCAUGUUAAACAAUUUGGGGGGGAGUUUAGCGGGGGGAAGAGUUACAAAACUUGAUGAGCCUUCAAUGAGAGUUGCAGAUGUUUGACACCUCUUGGGUAUAUGGCCCAAUGAUAGUGUAAGGGCCAGAUCCUCAACUGAUGUGACUCAGUCUGGCUCCAUUGACUUCAACAGAGCAAUACCAGUUUACUCCAGCUGAAGAUCUGGCCCUAAUGAAAUGUUUCUAAAAAUGCUGCAAUGGAAAUAUUUUUAAAAUAAUUUAAACAUUCUGCCCCCUGCACCCCAGUGCUGUGAAUCCAAAUGCAAGAGCACUGGGCUAACAUAAAAGAACCAGCAACUGAAACAGACUGGAGAGUGAAACUGUCCGGUCUGCUUUCACUAUCCAAGUCUAGUUGUUUAAAAACAAAUUCUUCUUUUUUUUUUUAAUCGUGUAUGUUGUUUCUUUCUUUUUUUUUUUUUUAAAGUAACUCAUUCAGUUUCAAUUACCUAAAGUGUUACUAAUAGCAGGGGGUCAGGAAUUUUAACCAGUUUACACUGGGCCAGAUUCUCAGCUGCGGUACCUCUGUGUAGUGCCGGUUAAGCUACACCAGCUGAGGAGCUGGCCGAUCCAUUUUAUUUAGCAAUGUCCUUUGAUAUUUUAACUGAAAUUAAGCUUUAUAAUCUAAUUUUGGUUGUUUGUGUCACAUACAUAUAAAUUCAUAUGUAUCCUAUUUGUUAAAAUAGCUGUUUCCAGAUUGAGGUUCUUGUGUGCAAAAAAUAAAUACAAAAUUAUGACUUCUGAUAGUAAAAGCUAUGCCUCUGAUUUAAAAAGACUUUUAUCUUUACUGCAUUUCUAAUAAAAUCUUUUCAUUUGCUCCAA